AUGCCAACUUUGCCCUUGCGAGUGGCAGUGGUGUGCUCGAGUAACCAGAACCGUAGCAUGGAGGCACACAACAUCCUCAAAAAACGAGGAUUCAACGUGCGAUCCUUCGGGACAGGUUCCCACGUAAAGCUCCCCGGGCCCACUCCAAAUAAGCCAAACGUCUAUGAUUUCAGAACCACGUAUGCUGAAAUGUUCAAUGACCUUUGCAUAAAGGACAAAGAACUCUACGGGCAGUCCGGCAUCUUACUCAUGUUGGACAGAAAUAAACGAAUAAAGCCCCGACCAGAAAGGUUCCAGGAAUCCAAAGAUGUGUUUGAUCUCAUCAUCACCUGUGAAGAGAGAAUCUACGACCAAGUAUUGGUAGAUCUUAAUUCCCGGGAGCAGGAGACCUAUCAGCCAGUUCAUGUGGUCAACGUGAACAUCCAGGACACCCUGGACGACGCUACCCUGGGGGCGUUCCUCAUUUGUGAGCUGUGCGAGAGUCUCCAGCAGACUGAAGACAUGGAGAACGAGAUCGAAAAGGUGCUGCGGGAAUUUGAAAAGAAGUACCGGCAGGCUUUCCUGCAUACUGUCUGCUUUUACUGACAAUGCAGGGGAGGGAGGCCCCAGUGAAACCGCUGCGUAGCCUGGUCUUUUUGCACACGUCUUCUUUCGCUGACUUGAGAUGGACCUACUGCUUCAAGGUCUCAUUUAUGAACACUUUUCCUCUCUAAUUGAGCCUUUGCCUUUGCUUUUACGGAGCCUUGCCAAAUAAG